AUGAGACAAUUCACAGUAAAGGUGCCAUGCACUUCCUCUAAUAUCGGGCCAGGAUUUGAUGUCGUUGGUCUUUCACUUUCGCUUUAUUUAACGCUCAAGGUAACAAUCGAUUCAAAUCAAUCCAACAAAUCACCUAUCCUUUCUUACACAGGACAAGGAGCAGAUGAAGCCCCAUUAGACGCUUAUCAAAAUCUAACAACUCGUUGUGCUUUAUACGUUUUACGUUGUGCUGGAAUAUCUUCUUUUCCCGUCGGCAUUAGUAUCAAAGUUCAUAACGAAGUUCCAUUCGGUCGUGGAUUGGGAAGUUCAGGUGCAGCUGUGAUUGCAGGUAUUCUGUUAGGAGAUGCUUUGGGAAAUUUGAAGCUAUCCAAAGAACGCUUAUUGGAUCAUGCAUUGAUGAUCGAACGUCAUCCUGAUAACGUCACAGCAGCUUUGAUUGGUGGUUUCGUUGGAAGUUACUUAUUGGAUCUCAGUCCAGAAGAUACAACUGCCAAAGCCGUUCCACUUUCCGAAGUUUUGCCAGAAUAUCCACCAGAUGCAGGAGAACAAUGGGGAAAAGAUCCACCAGCUCCACCAAGAGGAAUUGGACACUUCAUUCGUUUUGGCUGGGCACCGGAAAUCAAAGUAAUCGCCAUCAUUCCACAUUUCGAAGUAUCUACGGCUAAAGCAAGAAGUGCUUUACCCGAUUCAUAUUCAAAGCAGGAUUUGGUCUUCAAUCUACAAAGAUUAGCUGUUCUCACCACAGCCCUUGCCAGGUCACCUCCAGAUGUCGGAUUGAUCUUCCAGGCAAUGCAAGAUCGUGUUCAUCAACCGUACCGCAAACAUUUGAUCCCAGGUCUACCGACAAUCUUGGCUUCUGUUACGCCAUCCUCACAUCCUGGUCUGUUGGGUAUUUGCCUUUCAGGAGCAGGACCGACAAUCUUAGCUUUAGCAACAGAAAACGAACAAGCAAUCGCAAAGACAAUCACAGAAGAGUUCAAAAAAGAAUCGAUUGAAUGUUCAAUAGAAUACCUUCAUGUCACAACUGAAGGCGCUCAAGUAACGGAAGAGUGA